UAUUGAGUCACUCCCUGUGAAGUAAAGUAUAAAAGAUAGGACUCCUCAUUGACCAUCACACAAUCUACACUGAAGUUCUGAAAGUGAAGACUUGACAAAAAGAUUCAUAAUGGCAAUCAUGAGAGCUCUUGUGCUUAUUUUCUUGGUCUUUUCUGUUGAAAGUGCACCAGCUGAUGAAGACUGCCCAUUUGGAUGGACACCUUUUGGUGUGAAAUGCUACAAAUUCUUCCCUCAAUCAGUUAACUGGGUCACAGCUGAGAAAAACUGUCAAUCUGUUGAUGCAAAUCUUGCACCUGUGCGCAGUACAGCGGAACACAACUUUAUCCUGAGUCUUGUGCCUGGUUCCACACGUACUUGGAUUGGUGGCCAUGACGGUGAAAUUGAUGGACAAUGGCUGUGGGCUGAUGGAUCUCAAUUUGACUUUAUCAACUGGUGCCCUACAGAACCUAACAAUAAUGGUGGUAAACCUGAGGACUGCAUGGAGAUCAACUUUACCAGUAACCGUUGCUGGAAUGAUGAGUCCUGUUUGACCACAAUGAGCUACAUUUGUGCCAAACCUCUGUGAUCACGAGAAAUCAAUCUGUAUCAAAAGUACUUUGAUUGUACUACAUGCCUAUACAUUUUCUAUGAUCUUAUCUUUAAAAUCUCUGAGAUUAUCUUUAUAAAUUACUAAACCUUUCUGAAAACUUCUUAAAUCAAUAAAAGCAUUUAUAAAGCAAA